AUGGUCGGACGUCUGCAAGGGAAGAACGCCAUCGUGACCGGUGCCGCUGGCGGCAUCGGCCUCGAAACCACAAUCCUCAUGCUCUGCGAAGGCGCGUCCGUGCUGAUGGCAGAUAUCAGCAACGCCGGUCUCAGCAAAGCACUGGGUAAGGUCAACGCCGUCGUUCCACCCGAAUCGCGCGUGGGAAAGGUCGAGACCAGAGUCGUGGACGUAUCAAAAGAAUCAGACAUCGAAGCUGCAGUCGCACACCUCGACGCCUGGGGCGGAAUCGACGUGAUAUUCAACAAUGCCGGAAUCAUGCACGCGAAGGAUGACGACGCCGUCGCGACCCCGGAGGCUAUCUGGGACCUCACUCAAAAUAUCAACGUGAAGGGCGUGUGGUUCGGGUCCAAGCAUGCUGUCCUCGGAUUCCGGAAGCACGGAAAGAAGCGCGGUAGUGUUAUCAACACGGCGAGUAUGGUUGCUCUGGUUGGUGCAGCGACGCCGCAGCUGGCGUACACUGCUAGCAAGGGUGCGGUGUUGGCGAUGACCAGGGAGUUGGCGAUUGUUCAUGCACGAGAAGGAUUCCGAUUCAACUCUCUCUGCCCUGCACCCCUCAACACGCCCCUGCUUCAGGAUUGGCUCGGAGAUGACAAGGAGAAGCGAUUCCGACGCGAAGUACACUUCCCUACCGGCCGGUUCGGCGAAGCGAUCGAGCAAGCACACGCGGUCAUCUUCCUCGCGAGCGACGAGAGCAGUUUUGUCAACGCGACCGAUUUUGUCGUGGACGGUGGUCUCACCAAGGCAUACGUGACACCCGAGGGACCGGCGACUGAGGCGCCGAAGAAUCUGGCUGGACCAUAG